CCUGUCUACCGGCCGAAUUCAUUGACCGGCCCAAGCCCCCAAGCAGCAGCAGUGACAAUCAAAACAACAUGGCGACGUCCAAGUGACUUGUGCAGUGAUGGUUACUAGUGCGGUUUCUUCUUGUGCGGAAAAAAAUACAGCGCAUGGGUUUCGGCUCGUUUAGAAACGCAACAGAGUCUUGGAAUUCUUCGGCGUCAAAGUAGUCCAGGAUGACGGAUGUUAGGGUUUCGCUACGGAAGAUCGAGUUUCCAACCGUUGUCUACGAAGCGCUCCGGCAGAUUCAAAAGCUGCUGGCCAACGAGGGCCGCAGUCCGACGUACGCUCACGUCGCCAAGGAGAUCGCCGAGGAGUUCGUUUUCCAAGACUACGAUCAGCGCCGAAUGACGUCUCAAGGGCACUCCUCCGCGGCGCAGCAGAUGCGCCGGCCGCGAACGCGCAAGCUGCCUGCGAUCCGCGAGCUGCAGAUCAUCGAGAUCAUAGCGAGCAGCUUUCAGAACGCCAAGUCGGAUAUGUGCCAGAAGGUCUUCUUCAUCCUGUUCCCCUCGGCCGACCCGAGUGUCAUGGACGUGCGUGUCCCGCUCCUCUCGCGUCUCGUCUCCCUCUCGAUCGCGCUCAAGAACCACAACGUCCUCAACUGCGUCGGCUUCUGGAUGCACGUCUGCGGCUGCACCUCGGAGCCGUCGCUUCACAUCGUGCGCCACGUCGUGGGCGACUACCUCAGCCUCAUCCCGAGCUCGGCCGAGAUGCUCAAGGAGCUGGCCAACAUCUCGCCCCUGUUCUGCGCCAGCCUGGCCACGUCGCUGACGCACAUGACGCCGACGAACCCGUCGCGCGACGUCGUCGACCUGCUCGCUUCCUGGGUGCGCGCGCAGCCGCUGCUCUGCUUCACGCCGAUGGAGGCCAUCCCUCCUCAGCUCUACACGCAGUGCCUGCAGACUUUCAUCCCCGGUCUGGUCGCGUGGUGCGUGCUGGCGCCGCUGAGCAAGACGGACGCGCGGACGAUCGCGGACGACGCCGAGCUCUACUCGUACCUCCACUACGCGCUGCUCGAGAUGCUGAUUCGCGCGGGCCAGGUGACACCGCGCGCUCCGAUCGUGUUUCCGUUCCUGCCGAGCCACUACGUCGUUCAGGUUGUCGAGACGCUGAAGCGGGGCCUAGCCACGGCCUCGCCUCAGGGUGCCGAACUGGCCUUGAACAGGCUCGGCCAGGUGCUGCAGGCAGCGUUCGCGUCCAAGUGCGUGCACGGUAACCUGGACGCCAUGUUUCAGACGCUGCGCCAGCUGCCUUCAAACAGACUUCUGAAGAUUGUGCUUGCCCGUUGGGACGUGAAAAAAUACUGAACGCUUCUCAUUUCGUCUGUGUCGAGUGAAGUGCUUAUUUAAGCGUAUGCUAAGGUGUUCAUUGUGGAAAUGCAGUCUGACUUACCCGUUUCUUUUUGAAGCCACAAAAACUUGCCAGUAUUCCUAUGGCUGUGCCAUGGCUGUCUUGCGUGGUGUUCAUCAUGAAAUACUGUUUGUCAUCUCAUGCAAUGCAGUGCACAACUUUUUCUCAACUAGAAGCAAUUCACAGAUACUAUGCCCCAGUCACACAAGGGCACUUUCGACCACGAUUGAUUGCGAUCGGGAUCGAGUGUCUCGAUUUGGAUUCGCUGUCUUAUGCAGCUGGCACAAAGGGCCAAUCGCUAUUGAAAUGGCUUCGUGUGACUCGGGCAUAAGAUCCGUGACAGUUGCUGGCGCUAACUUGCUGGCACUUUUGGUCACGGUGCAAUGCAAAGACUCCUCGGUUCUGUGAUUUGGUUGCCAUUAAAGAAAAGGAAACAUGUGGUGCAGGCUAAACAUCAAGCACUUUCAUUGUAACAUGACUCAUAGGUCGCACCGCUACUGUUGGACACAGAGGCAGAGGUGGGGGUUCAUUGGGGGCCACCACCUGAUCCACAUAUUGUGAUAGCUAGACUGGAACUUUGGGCAAAGUACCUAUUCUUUCCUUACCUUGCCAUUGUGCCUAUUUGAUAUUGUCUCUGCAUAACAGGUAAGGUAGUCAGUGGCGACAAUAAUCCACCUGUUCCUGUAGUUGAAGUUGGAAAUGGUCCAAGAAAAUCCAUGCCAAUUUUGGUGAAUGGCACUCCCAGUACCUGGAGACCAGGAUGUAGGAGACCAGCUGGCUUGUCGGUGGCGCUUUGCGUCUUUGGCAGUCGGGACAAGUGCGUACAUGAUGUUUAACAUCGGCUGGGAGCUUUGGAAAAUAAUACUUGCGCCGCAGUCAGGACAAUGUUCAUGUGUAGCCCAGGUGACCUGAGGUGGCCUCAUCUUGACAUGCUGUGAGAAUUUCAUUCUCCACUGACUACCUUACCCGUUAUGUGGAAACAAAAGCUACCCAGGGGGAAACAGCUGCUCGAUGUUUCAUCGGAAACGUCGUGCUUAGGCACGGUGCCUCAGCUGUCGUAAUUACUAACAGAGGAACCGUGUUCACAGACAAACUUUUAGAAGCAGUUCUCAAACUCGGCAGCACAACCCACCGGAAAAUGACAGCCUAUCAUCCCCAGACGAAUGGACUAAUGGAGCGUUUGAACAAGACACUCGCAGACAUGCUUUGCAUAUACGUCGACUUGAACCAAACAAACUGGGAUGAGAUUUUGCAUUAUGUAACCUUCGCAUAUAACACUGCUCAACAGGAAAUGACUUGUAUGACACCAUUCAGCUUGGUACACAGUCGCGAAGCCACGACAACUUUAGAU